AUGGUCGCAGCAAAGGAAAUUGAUUUUCUUGCAUUGGAUGAUCAUGAAAUUGAGCAUGCUGCGCCGCCGCGACCUCUGCUGGACCAGCGGAAUGGCGAAAAAGAUGGCGAUGACGAUGACGCCGCCUUCAUUGCAGCUGCUGCACAGAAGCACAAUGUCAAAGCAGGAAUGCAAGUAGCCAAGCAAGCGAGCAAGAAAAAAGCAAAGGUCGCUAGUGGUGUCGUCAGCGGUGGCGGUAGUUUCCAGAGCAUGGGUCUGCAUCCAUCGCUGCUGCGCUCGCUUCUUUUGCGUGGUUUUACGACGCCCACACCCAUUCAACGUCGUGCCAUCCCAGCGAUUCUUGCGCAGCCAUCCCAAGAUGUAGUCGGCAUGGCACGCACGGGCUCAGGUAAGACCUUGUCGUAUAUUGUACCGCUAUUGCAACGGCUCAAUGGACGGCAUUCAACCUCGUUUGGCAUCAAAUCGCUCAUCCUUUGCCCAUCGCGUGAACUUGCAUUCCAAAUUCUCAAAGUCGGGAAAGACCUCGCGCGUGGAUGGCGCUCUGACGACAAUGCACGAAACGAGGCUAUCCGUUGGGCUGUAAUUGUCGGUGGUGAAGGUCUUGAUGAGCAGUUUGCUAUGAUGACAGCGAACCCUGAUGUGGUGAUCGCGACACCCGGUCGUCUAUUGCACUUGGUUGUCGAGAUGAAUCUCGAUCUAAAGUCGGUGGAGUACGUUGUGUUUGAUGAGGCGGACCGGCUCUUCGAGAUGGGAUUCGCCGAGCAGCUAGAGGAGCUAUUACGCCGCUUGCCAACGACGCGCCAGACACUCUUGUUCAGCGCGACGCUGCCCAAGACACUCGUGGAAUUUGCACGUGCUGGCCUUGAGGCGAAUCCGAAGCUAAUCCGUCUGGAUGCCGACAGCAAAAUCAGUCCUGACUUGCGCAUGGCUUUUUUCAGUAUCAAACCACAAGAGAAGGAUGCAGCUCUUUUGCAGCUGUUACGCGAUGUAAUCCAGGUGCCUGUCCAUACUGCCCCCGAUACCUCGGUGUCGUCAUCGACAUCAUCAGCAGCCGCUGCUGACUCGAAGAAAAAGCGAAAGCGCGCGCAUGCCGUCGAUCAGCUCCAACCGUACCAGACCAUCAUCUUUUGUGCGACAAAGCAUCAUGUCGAAUACCUCCUGCUGCUGCUGACGACCAUGGGAUAUACAUGCUCACAUAUCUACUCGUCACUGGAUCAGGCAGCGCGUUCGAUCCAAAUGAACCUAUUCCGCUCGGGCCAAACGUCCCUGCUCAUUGUGACAGAUUUGGCUGCUCGCGGUAUUGAUCUGCCUGUGCUAGAGCAUGUGAUCAACUACGAUUUUCCGCCACAGCCACGUAUUUUCGUGCAUCGCGUUGGUCGUACAGCGCGUGCUGGUCGACGUGGAUGGGCUUGGAGCCUGUGUACACAUGCGGAACUCCCGUACUUGUGUGACCUGCAGCUCUUUCUGGCUCGACCACUCGUUUCUUCUCAUACACUACCAAGGGACGACGUGCACGACUUGCACGGUACCAUGGUGCUCGGCACGUUUCCUCGAGAAGUUCUCGAUGACGAGUGUGAGUCAAUUCGGCAUGCAAUGCAUGUUGAGUCCGAUACAGCGACGACGUUCGAUAGCCUCACGGGUGUCGUGAAGCGUGCACAUAAUAUGUACAUGCGGUCGCAGCCGAAGGCCAGUGCCGAGAGCUACAGACGGACGAAAGACAUGCUGAAGGAUGCAGAGCGAAGUGCCGUCACAGGCGUCGAAUCGCAGGGCUGGGCACUCGCUGGGCAUCCACUCGAGGUGAAAGGCGUGCACGACGUUUUGCAACGCCCAGAAAAGUACCAGCUUCAUGCACGUGAGGCGGUAAAGCGCUCACGGACGCACGACGAUCCUCUUGCCGGCGCACGAGCAGCACUUCUUGCAAAAGUAAACGCAUUCCGACCCGGCGAGACAGUGUUCGAAAUGGGUGCACAUGGUCAACGUGCACCACUCGCUCGACUCAUGCAGGAUCGGCGGCGCUUGCUUGAUACGAAGCAACAGCGAGCGCGUGCAAUUGAAGCAGCGAAACGUGGCGGUUCGUUACAGGCUGACCAUGAGUCCGUGGAUGAUGGCAAUGGUGAUGGAGCUCAUGACGCGCAGGACGACGGUGCUGUCUCGCGAGACACUGAGCCGAGCGCAUUGGCAAAUGAAGACGAAAUUUCAUCCGUGUUCGACACCGGCAAGGACUACCGCGAUCCAUCGACGUACCUAAACUAUCAACAGACAGGCGCUGCCGAAGAGCGUGGUUACUCGUUCUUGGAUCAAGCACGACGCAUCACUGUUGACAUGGCUGGCGAUGACCUUGGCCCAUCGGCUGUGACGCAGCGACCGAAUCCACGGCGUUGGGACACUAAGAAGAAGAAGUUCAUUAUGGGAGAUGGCACUGGCGCUGAUAAUCAGAAACUCAUCCGCUCCGAGACUGGGCUCAAGCUCCCUGCAAGCUAUCGGUCAGGCCGCUUCGACGAGUGGCAGAAGCAACAGCAGGUUUCACUUCCGCAUGUGGGCGAAGACGAAAGCAACAUGCCAGCGACGGCGCGACGAAUGGCUUCGAGCGUCCAAGGUGGGCCUAGACCUGGUCGUCGCUUCCAUACUCAGACAAAGGCUCCUAAGCCUCUUGAUAAGCUCCAAUUUGACUACAAGAAGAAACUCAAGGCGCGUGAGCGCAAGAACCGUGGUCCAGGUGCGGCUGCUGCAGCGAAUGCUCGACAUGCCAAGAAUGAGCUCAAGAGUGCUGAGCAAAUCUACCGCGAUCGCGAGACAAAAGCGAAGCGCCAAGCGAAGAACGCUCGACCAUCGAAACGUCGGCGCUAA